AGCACCACCAACAGCAUGGCAGCGACGGCGGGAGUCCCGCGGUCUUUGGGGCGGGGCCUGCCUCCUCUGUCACGUAAAGCAAAGGGAAGCAAGGAGGCUGGAAGCUGAAGGCAAAGCAGAUGCUGUGCUUAAGGGAACUGGUGCAGAGCAUGAUAAACGGGCUGGGAGACCAUUUUACAGAUGGCAAACUGAGGCCAAGAGCUAGUGAAGUGUCUCUGUGACUGAGGUAGAGUUUCAGCUCAGGUUCCCUGGGCCCACAAGCUACCCACACAGGAUUGUAAUGCUUGUGAAAGUUGAAUGCUGGAAGAAUUGGGGCACACAAAGGAAAUAAGCCCUUCACACAGGGCAUAGUUAAACAAUGGAAUGUGCUUCCACAAGAGGUAGCAAUGACCGCCCACUUGGAUGGCUUAAAAAGAGCAUUAGACAGAUUCGACAACAAGACCCAUAGUGAGUCCAGCGGUCAAGAAGGCGAUUUCUGCAUGUGCUUUAGAGGGAAGCGAGGGCUCAUCAACCUGGCAAGGUAGCCCAUCCAGGAGAAGGAAAACUCUGAUCCUAAACCUUGUGAGAUAUCUGUGGGAGAAGAAAAGGCUAAGGAGUAAACGCUGUGGAACGCCCUCCCACCAGAUGUCAAAGAGGGAGAAAACUACCAGCCUUUUAGAAGACAUCUGAAGGCAGCCCUGUUUAGGGAAGCUUUUAAUGUUUAAUAGAUUAUUGUAUUUUAAUUUUCUGUUGGAAGCCGCCCAGAGUGGCUGGGGAAACCGAGCCAGAUGGGCGGGGUAUAAAUAACAAAUUAUUAUUAUUAUUACACAAAUCUGGAUUGGAGUCCCUAAGGCGGUUGGACAGCACCUUGCAGGCCUUCUGGCAACUCCUGCAGCCAAACAUAUUGGGCUGCUUUCCUUUGGACUGUCUCUUGAGGCAGACAGAUGCCAACAACAACUAAGGCCAGCAAUGACCACUAGCCAUAAUGGAUAUGUUCUGGGCGUCGCAAGUGGUUUUGAGAGGGAGGACCAGUGACGUGCUAAUUUCUCUUCUCGGUCCCCAGAGAUUUUUGAGCACCACGUUCAAGGCCUCGGACCUCCAGGUUGAAUUGAACAAGCACCCAAAGUCCAAACCGGACCCCAAGGACCUGGUCUUUGGCAAGUAUUUCACCGACCACAUGCUCACGAUAGAAUGGAGCCAGGAGAAAGGCUGGGGGAAGCCACACAUCAAACCUUUCCAGAAUCUCUCGCUGCAUCCCGCCUCUUCCGCUCUGCACUACUCAGUGGAGCUCUUUGAGGGGAUGAAGGCUUUCCGGGGCCCAGACAAUCGCAUCCAACUUUUCCGUCCCAUGAUGAACAUGAACCGCAUGCUACGUUCCGCGAUCCGUGCUUCACUGCCGCCCUUCGACACGUCUGAGUUUCUCGAAUGCAUCCGGCGGCUGAUCCACCUGGACCAAGACUGGGUCCCCCACGCCGACGCCACCAGCCUCUACAUCCGCCCCACCUUCAUCGGCACUGAGCCCUCCUUGGGGGUCACCAAGUCCCGGCACGCCUUGCUCUACGUGAUCCUGGGCCCCGUGGGAGCCUAUUUCGCCACCGGCAGCUUCAGCCCCGUUUCCCUAUUGGCCGAUCCUCGCUUUGUCCGUGCCUGGAUGGGCGGUGUGGGGGACUGCAAGCUGGGCGGCAACUACGGCCCUACCAUUUACGUGCAGAGUGAGGCCGCCAAAGAGGGUUGCCAGCAGGUUCUCUGGCUCUACGGGGACGACCACCAGAUCACAGAAGUCGGGACUAUGAACAUCUUUGUGCUUUGGAAAGACCAGCAGGGAGAUCUGGAGCUGGUCACCCCUCCUCUGAAUGGAAUCAUCUUGCCCGGUGUGAUACGGCAAAGCCUCUUGGAUCUAGCACGCAAAUGGGGGGAAUUCAAAGUUUCUGAAAAGGUUUUCACAAUGGCCGAGCUGAUCAAAGCCCUGGAAGAAAACAGAGUCAAGGAAAUGUUUGGCGCAGGGACGGCCUGUGUCGUUUGUCCCGUGAAUAAAAUCUUCUACCAGGGCAAGAAUUACCAUAUCCCCACUAUGGAAAACGGACCUGAGAUUGCAAAACGGUUUCUGAAGGAGCUGACAGAUAUUCAGUAUGGACAUGUCGCCAGUGACUGGGUCUACCCAGUCUGACGCAGGCUGAGCAACACCCCACCGGAGCCGCCUCUUCUUCUUCCUCCUCUUCCUCCUGCUACAGCCUCUCCGUUUUCCUCUCUCGUCUUACCAAUGCUGUAUUUAUGACUUGGUUCUAUAGCUUUGACAGUCCUGCCUUUUUCUCUGUCGGAGUUUGGACUGGACCGGUUAUGCUCUUGGAUAAAGGUGGCCUUCUUCUGCCUGUUACAACUGCAGGCCGCUUGUGGCCGCGAAACACUCCACUCUGGGAAGUGCCCAGAGCUUUGAAGAGCUCCUGCUCGCAUCUUCCAUGCGAUGGGAAGGACUCUGGACCGAAAUCGCCGCCUCCGCUGCUCUCUCUGCUCCAAAAUUCAGCUGCUUCCUGCUUUUAAAGUGCAAUAUUGAGAGAGAGGGGGAAACUGAUGUGUCUUCAAAACUGUUCAAAGCCACACACAAACUCACACAUGUUUUGUGUUUUGUUUUGUUUUCUUUUUUU